AUGGACAUCAGUGCAUUAUUUAAAGCAAGUGUGAAGACAGUUGGUCUUCGUAACAAGGAUUUGAGAGGUGUGAGCACUACUCGUACUUUGAAAAAGGCAAAAAGUAAAAGUGCCUUUUUCAUAAAAGCACAAGGUGUUGUAGCACAAAUUUCGAAAUUACGUGAAUUCUUGUUGGAAAACCGUAAAGCAUACCUGAACUUUUCAAAUUAUUUGUCAAAUGUACCAAGUAUGACAGAUGCAGACCGUGAUGAAAUUGACAUUGGUGCACAAAAAAUAAUGAGUACUUGCUCCCAAUUAAUUAAGGACUUAAAAAGGGAAAUAGCAGGUUCUGAAGUCUCUUCACAGAAUUUAGAGCAUAGAGAAAUUAUGUUAUUAUUAAUUGAAGAUUAUUUGAAGAAUGUUUGCAAAAUCUAUUCAGAGCAAAAAGCAAUGCGAGUAAAAAGAGCAGUGGAAAUAAGGAAAAUUGCCAAACUAGAAUUAGACACAAAACCUAUGAAACAAUUUGAAGGUGAAACAAAAAGGUCUAAUUUAAAUACAAUGGAAAAGGUAGAAGAUAAAUUUGACUCUAAUGAAUCUAGUCCUAUGAAAAUACAGGAGAUAAAUGGAGAUAUUAAUGCAUUAAUGUAUGAAGAAGAAAUAUCACCAGAAGAUAUACAAUUGUUUGAAGCAGAAAACGAACAGUUGUAUAAUGAACUUAAUACACUGACAGAAGAGGUGAAACAAAUUGAAAGCAAGGUUGUACAUAUAGCUGAACUUCAAGAGAUAUUUACAGAUAAAGUAUUAGAUCAAGAUAAGGACUUGGACCGUUUAAUGACAACAGUUGUUGGAUCCACCGAGAAUGUGAAAGAAGCUAAUGAACAGAUUAGACAAGCAAUUCAAAGGAAUGCUGGGCUCAGAGUGUGGAUUCUCUUUUUUCUAUUAGUUAUGUCGUUUUCUUUGUUGUUCCUUGAUUGGUACAAUCCUUAA